AACUGUGUGAGGCUAUUGACUUGGUGGUGGACAUUUGACCUUGCUUUUCCUUGCCUGGUUGGGAGACCCCCCCAAGUUUCGAGCAUCUGUACAUGGAAUAUGAAGAGGAUGAUGACAUUUCCUUUGCAAAAUGGAUGAGCAGCUUCUGGGGCCACAACUUGAUUGAUGAGAAUGAGAAAGAGGGUAGAGGCCACAAGAGACAUCUGACACGAUCCUUUAGUGAAAGGAGAGCCUCCCUUCCGGCCAGGCUUUCUUCCCUCCAUACAACACGACUUCAUGCUUCUACCAAAGGCGCAUCUUCAGGUCAUCUCAAGGGCUCCAAGGAAUUUCAAGAAGACCAAGACGUGAAAUGUCACUGCCACAGGAAGGCAAGCAGAACACCUUCAGCAGACAGCUCAUGCCCAGAGACAAGAUCAAACUCCAUGCAGGAAUUUGCAGAGUCCUUUGAAAAACAAUUGCAUCUCAAAAGCAAACGCUCAGUUUCUUUGCAACCCGAAGGCAUGAAGGAGAGAAAAGAAAGAGAAAGACUGCAUUUGAGAAAAAGCAAGUCUCACAAGAGAAUGGGAGAGAAAUCAGAGCCAAGGAGAGAGCAGGAAGAAGAUGAAGGUUCAGAAGUUGUACCUGCAAAACACAACGAACAGUUUCCAUCACAAGCGAGCACUGAGAAAGGAUAUUUAUGCACAGGCAGCUAGAAUGUGUUGAGAUAAUGAAUUUUAACGCUCCCCCUGAAGAGCAGAGGGAACAUUCUUGUUUUGUUUUCACUAGAAGAGGCCUGUUAGCUAGAAUAAACCCUAACCUGUAAAAUAAAAGUAAAAUUCAACUGCAUCAUU